AAGCGGUCCAAUGACACAUUCUUUCCUGAUGACUUCUGCUGUAACAACAAGUAUAGGUGGCGCUCAUGUAACAAUUUGGUGAAGUGAAUUUUGUGUUGCAUCUGCUUUACUGGAAUAACGCAACGUUCGUGGCGCUAUCAAAUUCACAAAGGAUAAUUUGAGUUAUUAGGUGAUAAAGUUCAUCGGAUGUAAAAGUUCAAAGUUACGAAGAGAGUAGGAUAUUAUCUUUAUCGUGAAGACAUUAAAAAAAGCUGAGACAAGAAGUAAGGAUAACUUUAUAAAAGACUAUUUAGGAUUUAAUUCAGAAGCGAAAUUGGAAUCGGAAUUUAGAAGUGAUAAGGUGUAUUGGAUAGAAUAUUCUGGUGGUGGAAAAAUGACAUCACAGACUACCGGUUCCCUUGCUGAUGGACCCCACCUCCACGUCUGACUCCCUAUGGCCAGGGAGACGCAGCCAAAAUGCUCGGUAACCAAACGAUGGUAUGGCUACUACCGACGCCAAACUCCACCGCCCAAUUCCAGAAUCCAUAUCUUCCGUAUAAGCUGAAAUGGAAGACGGAAGUCAUUAUACAGGUAGCUAUUACAGUGAUUACAAUGGUCGUGACGCUAUUCGGCAAUGUUGCACUGAUAGCAGUCCUCAUGUCCAAGAAAGAACGCCGCCGUCGGAGAAUAAGUGUGUUCCUCGUUAACCUCGCUAUCGGAGACUUGACGGUGUGUUUUGUCACCAUGACGCUGGAGAUCUUAUUUGUUGCUUUCGGAGAGUGGGUCCUGGGGGCGGUGCUUUGCAAACUCGCCGUCUAUGGGCAGAUAGUCACACUUGCCAGCUCGACUUUUCUUCUAACUGCUAUGAGUAUAGAUAGAUACCAAGUCAUUGUGAAACCACUGCAAUCAUUGGCACGCAAGCCAAAGAUUUGGAAAAAGGUCGCAGUGGCGUGGACUUUAGCUUUCAUGUUCGCGACUCCACAAUUGUUUAUUUUUGUGCAAUAUGAAAAAAAAUCACCCCAUCCUGAUGGCACCUCUAGUUACGAGUGUGGGAGUAAGGGAUAUACGGAUCCGUGGCAACGGAAAGUCUACAUGACUUUUUUAGCCUGCUACGUUCUAGUAGUGCCAACCAUUAUCAUGUCAUACUCUUACUGGCAAAUCAUUAAAACACUAUGGAAACGAGGCUUACCGGAAACGGGCGAGGAGCACGGGAAGAUCAGAGAACAUGGCCGACAUGUGACGUCUGGUCAUACUCCGAGCAUGCGCAUGAGCACUAGAAAUGACCUCGUUGCGAAUUCAAAACGGAAGGCCGUCAAAUUAUCAUUAUCAGUCAUCAUAGCUUUCCUCUUGUGCUGGAUACCGUACUUUUUAAUAUCUCUCAUACGGAUUUAUAGUGAUUACAAAAUAAAGUUAACGAUGUUGUUGUCAUUGGCAGAAAAGAUGGCCAUGAUACACAGUGCGCUUAACCCCAUUCUUUACGGAUUGUUCAACAUAAAAUUCUCGAGAUUGUGUCCCUGUUUCAGUCGCCUGAAACACGCCGAAUGUUGGCGACGACUUAGGUGCUGUUUUAGGAUGCGUUGUUCAUGCAAUACAUUCAACCGCAUAUAUAAAAAUUGUUUUGCAAAUUGUUACGGGAGCAAUAGUAAGGAGUUACUGGGGACGCCAGAACACGUGAUCGCCAGGAAUCACGUGACCGCGGACAGGAAUUACAAUAUGGCGGAAACUGAUCAAAAUUGGAAGGUGACAGUGACCGUGACAGUGACGAACAGUGACGUCUUGGCGCACUCAGGUGACGUGAUGGCCACCGAUGACGUCAUGCCAGACCAAACUGAAAGUACCCCAGCAUGUGAUAUUCAUGUACAUAGUAGUUAUUCGGGAGCUGACUCAUCUAGUCUGGCCCAGUCAAAGGAGUCUGCACCGCUUUUAGGGAAGGAAAUGAAAGAAUAUAUUAGUUCAGUUUAGGUCUGUCAUGACUCCUUACUUUACAAGGAACUACCGUGGCAAAAAUGGCAUAUCACAUUUUGUCAUUUGAUACCUUGUGCCCGAAAACGCUGUUCAAAUGUGUACUUUUCUGUGUUUAGGUCUUAUCAAAUCAUUGCUCAAUGCAUUAGACUUGACAGUGCAUUAUAACCAUUUUGCCUUGCCAUGGACUGCAUGCCAUGGACUGCAUGCACUGCAUGCAGUGCACUCUCAUGUCUAAUGCAAUGACAAAUAAUUUUGAGCAGCCGACUGAAACACAAAAGCACACUUUGGCACCGUUUAGGGCGCAAUGUAAAAUGUUUUCUCGGCACAGUUUGAAUUAGAUUACAACUCGAAAUUAACUUCACUAAUUCCAAAAAGAAUAAGUGAUACAUCUUUUUUUGGUCACGACAGUUUCUUGUCAGAUGAAGUGUCGACAAUGACAUGGGGAAAUGUAGCACUCCAUGAUACGGGUAGCACUGAAAGUGUCUUAUAGGGGACGAGGUAGGGCGAAUUUACUCAGCAACUACAGUCACCAAUGCACAAAAAGAUGUUUUCCUUUUCCAUCAAUGGCCCGAUCUACAUUAAUUGUUAACUCGAAUUUCGGAGACAGGUGAAGACACACGACCUUGCCAUCGUUUUCGAUCCACUAAUCAAAUAUCUAUCACAAUCACGAAUCUUUUUAACGUCACGAAUUUCUCACCCACAGCCGGCGCCCUGCCUCUUAACCCGUCUUUCUAUUCUUGAACUACUAUGGUGUCGAUUUGUAUUCCUAUUUCGUGUAUGCAUGUAUACCGCGCUGAACAGGACCACAAUACAGAGGUUGCACAUAAUUUAUGACGGAUUCCCACUCCGAAUUCAACUUGAAUGACAGUCGUUUCAUGACAACUUCAAGCAACUUAACUGAUGAAAGUUUUCAGCGAAAUCAGAGCAAUCCCGACGAAAAAUACAUUUCCAGGCAACUUGACGAUGUGGAUACAGACAAACUUUACUCUGAAAGAACUCGGAUAUACAUUCUACUUUGUGAUUUGGUUUGCAUUGCUAUAUGUAAUUGUCUACAACAGUUUUGCCGUUUGCAGCUUUUGUUCUUUGUUUAGCGGAUGGAUUUUGCAGCUUUGUCUUCAGCACAUGCCCUUAACGCCUCCUCCGUUCGCGCAAAAUUGGAAAACUAAGGACUGACGAAUUUGUAACUGACUGGAUUUGAAACCAGCCAAAUACGAUUUGAGAAUACGUUUCGGUUAUGCCGGGCAUGUAGCAUGUUUGUGUGUUUGUUUGUUUCCUUUCGAUUUGUAAUCAUCUCGGUGAAUUAAGCACAUUUGUCCCAGGCACGUGGCGGAGUGAGCUAUCAGCGGUUGUAAUCGGAUUGUGAGGAACGUCCUCCCCGAUAUCAUCAUCAUCUUGCGCUAGAACGAUGUGGCUUAUUUCGAUGUCGUUCAUGAUCGUAUUUAUGAGAGAUGCGGAUGAUAUCGAGGAAAAGUAAAGCCAAGAAGAUGAUCUGGUAGUCUUAAGCGACCACCAGUAAUGCCAGUGCGAGGCCACUAUUGUCGAUGUGCGGGGGAGUUAUGGUCAAUAGAGACCAACAUCAAACAUCAAGCGAACGGACUUCGGCACACUGAUCGAUAUUUCAUCUUUUAGUUAAACAUGCUAAUUAUAGAAAUGUUGCUCGAAAUGUAGGGGGCGUGAUAAAAUAUCCCCUCCAGAAAGUCAUCACCGUCAAACGUAAGUUCUCAUCUCGUUUUUCUUUAGAGCUUUCUUUCACGAUGGAACGGGUCUCUUGUACUACAACAGCCGAGGAAAUGUUUACAAUGUCCCCAUUUUCUAGUGUUCCACACCAACACUGACGGUGUUUCAACUUGAAAAUAUUGACAUUGACAAUACAGCACGUGAUGUAAUGGCCAGUGUUCACCAAACAGUGAGGCCAAAGGAGUACUAAAAUACCGGCUGAAUCACUGAUAAACACUACACCGACUCAACAUUGACAUAUUUUUAAUCUGCCUUCGUAGUCUAAUCUAGAACCAGCUGAAUGUUUUUGUAAG